UUUUGAGAGAAGACUAUUCUCUAUGGUUCUAUAUAUAUAGAGAUUGUUUUUCUAAUUGUAGAAUAUUUUUGUAAACAAGAACUGGCAUUCACAGUACAUAUUCUGUGCAGACUAUCUUAUUGUAUACUAUUAAGAUGUUGUGGUUGCAUAUUCUGUAAUGGGCUAUAAUGCAGACUAUCUUAUUGUAUACUAUUAAGAUGUUGUGGUUGCUGAGGCCAGUCUUGGAUUUCCCUGCUGGGUCCGCGCGAGCUGUUCCGGCCACUUUUCCACCGAUGUCACACAGGGAUGUUUGAUUCGCCUACAGCGUACGAUCUUCCUGCUUCAGAUGAUUUGCCCCCAAUCAAGCAUGCGGGCCUUUUUCUCCGCGGGCGGCGCCCAUGUGUAUUGUUUUCUUUAAAAAAGAAAAAAAUCAUUUUCAAAUGAACUUAUAAAUUCUUGCGAAUUUUGCUGUGUCACGCUCUCGGCCGACAAGUGUUUAAUGAUGCCAGGAGUAUUUAGUUUAGAUCUAUGAAAGUUUUACCUCUGCGCACAGCCACCUUAUGCUGCUCUACACAGAACCGAAGAUCAUUUACUCCUGUGUGCUGCUCCUGUAGUGGUGCGUUUUGGUAGAAAUUUACAGCCUAGAUCAUAUGCGAAUGUCUCACACUCCAAACUGGUGUCUCGCUUGACAGGCUAGAUGGAUGUACACAAUUAAUAAGUUCGUUUGCUUAAGAAGGCUGGCUUAGUCUGUUCAUUAGCGCCAUGAACUUGAUGAUGCCUAGCUAAAAAUGUCGAGCAUUGGGGCCAUAUUAAAGCAUCCGGAGGAUCUGCCAGCUUUGCUGAAAAUGAAGUUUGCAGCAACGCAUGCCAGUAAGCAAAUUCCUUCGGAUCCAGACUUGGCAUUCUGUUACACAAUGCUACACAAGGUCUCUCGGAGCUUUGCCUUUGUUAUUCAGCAGCUGGGAGUUGAGCUUCGCAAUGCUGUUUGCAUUUUCUAUUUGGUUCUUCGAGGACUUGAUACUGUUGAGGAUGAUAUGAGUAUUCCAGUGGAUACAAAGCUACCAAUUUUGACUAAUUUCCAUCAGCACAUAUAUGAUCCUUCGUGGCACUUCUCUUGCGGAGUUAAUGACUACAAAGAACUGAUGGACCAAUUUCAUCAUGUGUCUGCUGCUUUUUUAGCGCUUGGAAAGAGAUAUCAAGAAGCAAUUGAAGAGAUAACUAGAAGGAUGGGUGCAGGGAUGGCAAAAUUUAUUUGCCAAGAGGUAGAAACAGUUGAGGACUACGAUGAAUACUGCCAUUAUGUUGCAGGAUUAGUUGGUUUGGGAUUGUCUCGACUCUUUCAUGCAGCUUCUCUUGAGGACUCGUCUCCAGAUUUGUUGUCCAAUUCAAUGGGAUUGUUUCUUCAGAAAACCAACAUUAUUAGAGAUUACUUGGAAGACAUAAAUGAAAUACCAAAAUCACGCAUGUUUUGGCCACGUGAAAUAUGGGACAAGUACACCAUCAAUCUUGAGGCUUUGAAAGAGGAAGAGAGGUCAAAGGAAGCUGUUCAAUGCCUUAAUGAAAUGAUAACUAAUGCACUAAGGCAUGCUACCGACUGCCUUAAGUACAUGGCAGCAUUACGUGAUCCAGCUAUAUUCCGAUUUUGUGCUAUCCCACAGAUCAUGGCUCUGGGAACGUUAGAAAUUUGUUAUAAUAAUGUAGAGGUAUUCAGAGGAGUUGUCAAGAUCCGGCGAGGUUUGACAGCCAAAAUAAUGGACAGGACCAAGAGUAUGGCUGAUGUGUAUGAGGCUUUUUUUGAUUAUUCUGGAAAAUUGGCUUCCAAGGUUCCAAAAGAUGAUCCCAAUGCUGAUGUGACAUUAAAAUACGUUGAUGACAUACAAAGGUCUUGCAUCGCCUCUGGUUUGCUUUCUAAAAGGAGGAGUUUAACUAUCGAUAGUAAAAAAGGACAUGAAGUAUUUCUGGCAAUUUGUGUACUUCUGUUGGCCGUUUUGCUUGCUAUUCUCACAUUCAAACUGUAAAUGUGGUGCGAAGAAGAUUUCUUGUAAUCAAAUUGUAAUUUUACUUUCAUUUUUGGCUUCCUUAUUGGGUUUUUCCCUCCUCUUCCAUUUUAUCCUUCAUGGGGUUGAUAGGAGGGGCUGCUGUUUUGUUCUGCUAGUAUUCGGAUUCCACCAGGAUCAGUCCAGCUGACCGAUUGAGAGAAUGUGUGAGGGGUUUUACCAGAAUGAGCGAGUAAAUUAGUGACAGUUACUGAUAUGAGGGUUCUCUCCAUGCUCAUGUGGUUUUUUCACCCCUUAGGCCUGCCAAUCUCCCAUUAUCUGUUCAGCUUGUGCUUGAUCAUUUAUCUGCACUUUGCCCUGGAAUGCAAAUGGGCAAUUAUUUGUCUUCAGCCUAUGAGCUAUCUAUCUGGUUUAGAUCAGGCUGUGUACUUAUUAAUUUUGCAAUGUUCUUUUCAAAGUAGUCUUGCGCAUGUGACCUGAAGCGAAUGCCAUUUACUGAAAUUCAUUAUCUGGUAUGAAUGGUAGUUUUAUACAUAGGUUAUAUAGGUUAUAUGAGGUGCAGAUAAUUGAAAACCUUCAAAUCGUAACACACACAUAUAUUAUUGUAAUUGUUAAAUACAGACAUAUAUUUCUGUUUGGAAGUUCAUGUGAUAUAUGAAUAUGCAGAGUUUCUUUAAAAUA